AUGCCCGUAACAUUGCAACUACCCGCCAUGCCACCCCCUGCUUCCCGUCACCGUCGAGCGUGUUGGGCGCGUGUGCCACGAUUCCUGCCUGCCUUUGAGCGCAUAGGGCGGGUGUGCCACGUGUACCUCACGCCAUCUGACGUCUUCCUCCUUCACAACGUGCUCUCUGCUGAUGGCGUGCAGGCCAUCGCGCAGUUCCCCACUGCCGAGCUAUUCUCGGAGCACCUCAUCAGCAGCGCCAGCGCGGAUCGCAUCGCCUUCUCGCUCGACCUCUCGCUGCUCGCCCGUGCCCUGCGCUCCUCCCUCGCCACCGCCGCCACGCGCCACCAGCUGAAGCUUGUCAAGAAGAGCACCAAUCCCACUGCUCCUGCGCUGCCUUUCCUGUCUCUGGAGGCCAAGGGCGAGCGGUCGAGCAUAGUGCAGGACAUACCCAUCUCGACGCCGCUGCCUCGCUCGCAGCUCAACGAGCUGCAGGCUGGCAUCGACCUCGUGCACUCGCUGCCUGAGACCCUGGUGCAGCUGCCAGAUCUGCCCUCGCUGCGGCACCUGGUGGAGCGACUACAGAGUGUGGGGGACAUGGCUGACGUGGCGACGAUGAGGAGCGGUGCGCUCGCCAUGCGCACCCACACGCCCUCCAUCACCGUUGCUGCCCAGUUCAAGAACCUUAAAGUCUUCGGGGCUAAUUCAGAGAGCCAGCAGAGUGGGGCCGGGGUGGGGGAGGGCAGCAGGCAAAGGGGGGGCACAGACGACGAUGCUGACAUAUCGGGGCUGUCCACGUGGCUCAGGCAGAUGCAAGCUACAGGCGAUGCUACAGUCGUGGUGAGGCAGAUGCAAGCUACAGGCGAUGCUACAGUCGUGGUGAGGCAGAUGCAAGCUACAGGCGAUGCUACAGUCGUGGUGAGGCAGAUGCAAGCUACAGGCGAUGCUACAGUCGUGGUGAGGCAGAUGCAAGCUACAGGCGAUGCUACAGUCGUGGUGAGGCAGAUGCAAGCUACAGACGAUGCUACAGUCGUGGUGAGGCAGAUGCAAGCUACAGGCGAUGCUACAGUCGUGGUGAGGCAGAUGCAAGCUACAGGCGAUGCUACAGUCGUGGUGAGGCAGAUGCAAGCUACAGGCGAUGCUACAGUCGUGGUGAGGCAGAUGCAAGCUACAGGCGAUGCUACAGUCGUGGUGAGGCAGAUGCAAGCUACAGGCGAUGCUACAGUCGUGGUGAGGCAGAUGCAAGCUACAGGCGAUGCUACAGUCGUGUCAGUGAGUGUGAAGCACCUGGCCCGCAGUCUGCAGUGUUACCUCACCCGACCAGACGCCUCCUAUUGCGGAGUGGCACCCAACGAGGCGUGUCUGCUCAUGAUCUUCCAAUAUGCCGCCUCCCCAAUCAGCCUACAGUACCGCCUGCCUCUUCUCGACCCGGGUUAG